AUGUGCAGCACUGGUCAAUGUACACGUCUCGGCGCUGACCCAAAUGUUGUCUACCCAGUCAAGGCAACCACUUGUUGCAAAACUCGCUACACUGUUUUAAGACCAGAGUACUAUGAAUGCACUCGUUGCUACGAGACUUGCACUCCAUGCAACGUGCCAUGCGCUCCAAACAACUCACCUUGUGCAACAGCCUGCGGCCCACAGAUGUGCUCUGGUGGAGGAUGUUGCCGCUAA